CCUUGCGCUGAAGGAGCUCGCCAAGGUUAGUUAAUGCUAUCAUUUUUCCCACUUCUUCAUUUGAAUGAUAUUUGAAGGAAUUUGGAAGUAUGAAAGAAAUUGAGAAGAGAAAAGCUUCAAGGAAUAGUCAGACAAAGAGUUCAAGAAGAACCGAAAGGAGAGAUAAUAAAUUGCAUCAAGAUAAUUCAUCCACAACAUUGCAUGAAAAAGGAACUGAAUCUAAGACUCCCCAGGGUAGACCAACUGCAAAUGAUUUUAUAAGUGAUUCGAACACGGCCUCAGAGAAUUCAGAAACUUGUGAAAACAUGGUUAUAGAUUAUGUGGAUGAUGUCAACAGGUCUGAGGAGACACUGGUCGAGAUGAAAGUUAAUGAAAUGGUUGCUAAUGAAAGCAAAAAUGAAGAAGUACUUGAUGAUCAUUUUGGUGAUUUGGAGAAAGAGCAAAAAAGAGGGAAUGAGGAAGUAUCAGAUACUGAGACAGUAAAGGAUUCAGUAUCAUCCCAAGGUGAUUCUUUCACAAAUGAGGAUGAGAAAGUAGAAAAAGCUUCAAAAGAUCCUACGAAUAAGGUUGAAGUGAAUCCUUCAGAAAGCAAUCGUGGAUCAAGGGAGAGAUCUGAUAGAAAAUCAAAGAAAUUGCAAUCAAGUGUAUCUCAUAGCAAUCAAAAGAAACCUAUGAACUCAAAUAAAGGGCCUUCCAAAGUUACGAAUAAAAAUACUUCAUCAACAAAUUCUAAUACUGUGAAAGUUCCUGUAAAAGUUUCAUCAGAAUCUUCUGAAGGAGUUAAUGAAAAACUUGUUCAAGAGGUCAAGGAACUUGAUAUCCUGGAUGGAUCCUCCAAUGGUGCUCAGAGCAUGGGAAGUGAAGAUGACAGUCAUGAAACAGUUAAUGCUGAAGAAAAUGGUGAACAUGAAGAUGUGGCAGCUUUGGAAUUAAAAGUUGAAGAAAUGGAAUUACGAAUUGAAAAGCUUGAAGAGGAACUGAGAGAAGUUGCCGCUCUUGAAGUGUCACUUUAUUCUGUUGUACCAGAGCAUGGGAGCUCAGCACACAAGGUGCACACACCUGCUCGGCGCCUUUCUAGGCUCUAUAUACAUGCUUGUAAGCAUUGGACCCAAAACCGGCGAGCAACAAUUGCCAAAAAUACUGUUUCUGGCCUUAUUUUGGUUGCUAAGUCUUGUGGUAAUGAUGUUUCAAGGUUAACUUUCUGGUUGUCGAAUACCGUUGUGCUGAGAGAGAUAGUUUCGCAAACAUUUGGGAAUUCAUGUCAAGCUAAUCCCCUUAUGAGGUUGGCUGAAUCAAAUGGUUCCGGCAAGAGAAAUGAUGUGAAGGCUGCAGCACUGAAAUGGAAAGGUAGCUCCAAUGGUAAACCAGGAAAUGGUUUUAUGCAGCUUGUUGAAGAUUGGCAAGAGACAGGAACCUUCACAUCUGCCUUAGAGAGAGUAGAAUCAUGGAUCUUUAGUCGGAUAGUGGAGUCAGUGUGGUGGCAGGCUUUGACUCCUUAUAUGCAGUCUCCAUCUGGGGACUCCUCUUCAAUCAAAUCCAUGGGGAGGCUGCUAGGACCUGCUCUGGGUGAUCACAAUCAAGGAAACUUUUCCAUCAAUCUCUGGAGAAAUGCUUUCCAAGAUGCUUUUCAACGACUGUGUCCUGUUCGAGCAGGAGGGCAUGUGUGUGGUUGUUUGCCUGUGUUGGCUAGAAUGGUCAUGGAACAGUGCAUAGCUAGACUAGAUGUUGCAAUGCUCAAUGCUAUUCUUCGGGAGUCAGCCCUUGAGAUCCCAACUGAUCCUGUAUCGGAUCCUAUUGUUGAUUCGAAGGUUUUGCCAAUUCCAGCAGGAAAUUUAAGCUUUGGGUCUGGUGCACAGCUAAAAAAUUCUGUUGGCACUUGGUCUAGAUGGCUUACUGAUAUGUUUGGCAUGGAUGCUGACGAUUGUCUGCAAGAAGAUCAGGAGAGCUGUGAAAAUGAUGAAAGGCAGGGUGGAGAUAGUGAACCUAAAUCAUUUGUUCUCCUUAACGACUUGAGUGACCUUCUAAUGCUACCAAAAGACAUGCUUAUAGAUAGACAUGUUAGACAGGAGGUGUGUCCAUCCAUCACUCUUUCAUUGGUUAUAAGGGUCCUCUGUAACUUCACUCCAGAUGAGUUCUGUCCAGACCCUGUUCCAGGAGCUGUUUUGGAGGCCCUGAACGGGGAGACGAUCGUGGAGCGAAGAUUUUCAGCGGAAUCUGUCAGAAGCUUCCCGUAUGCUGCUGCUCCGGUUAUAUAUGUCCCUCCUUCCUCAGCAAAUGUGGCAGAGAAGGUUGCUGAAGCAGGAGGAAAGUCUCACAUGGCUAGAAAUGUAUCAGCUAUUCAAAGGAGAGGAUAUACGAGUGAUGAAGAACUGGAGGAACUUGAUUCCCCUCUCACAUUCAUCAUUGAUAAGCUGCCAUCAUCUCCAUCAGUCACUGUAAAUGGAGAAGUUAAUCACACGGAGUUAGGGAGCCACCCCACCACAAAUGCUAGAUAUGAACUCCUACGUGAAGUUUGGACCAUGUGA